AUGCCUCAUAAUUGGAGUGUAAAUGAAGCAGCUGGAGAAGACUGGUUCAGUGCUUACCUCAAAAGGCACAAAAAACUGUCAAUAAGGAAACCUGAGGCAACAAGUCAAGCACGUGUUUCCAGUUUUAAUCGAACAAAUUUGGAAAGUGAAGAUAUUUUGAAUAUGGAUGAAACUGGUAUUAACACAGUUCAAACUCCAGAUCAUAUUGUAGCAAGAAAGGGUUUUAAACAAAUUAGGCGUGUUACUUCGGCUGAGAGAGGCAAUUUAAUAACUGUGGCAGUUGCUGUUUCUGCCAGUGGAAAUUCAAUUCCUCCAUUUUUCAUAUUUCCUUGUGUGAAAUUUAAAAGCUAUUUUUUAAAUGGUGCUCCUGAUGGAAGUGCAGACGCUGCAAACCCAUCUGGUUGGAUGACUGAAGUUCAAUUUUUGCAAUUUUCCCAUCAUUUUGUCAAAUAUGCCAGAAAUACAAAAGAACGACCUGUUUUGUUGCUAUUAGACAAUCAUGACUCUCAUCUUUCAGUAGAGGCUUUAGAUUACUUUAAAGAAAAUGGGGUAUCGGUUUGUUCAUUUACUCCUCAUUGCAGCCAUAAACUUUAA